GCUUCUUUUUUGCAAUGGCCAAGGCGAUCCUUGAAGCGCUAAAGGCCACGGGUGCCAGCGAAGUCUCCGCGGCGAUUGAGGCAGUCUCGGCAGGCCUCUUCAAGAUCAAGGCACUGAAGGGCCGUGAGAUCCUGGACUCUCGCGGCAAUCCGACUGUGGAGGUCGACCUCACCACUGAGGGUGGAGUUACAGUUACUGCAGCGGUGCCAAGCGGCGCCUCGACUGGCGUGCACGAGGCUUGUGAGCUUCGGGAUGGCGACAAGUCACGCUACCUGGGCAAAGGCGUGCUCAAAGCUGUGGAGUCGGUGAAUACCGUUCUCAGCACCGAGCUUAAGGGCUUCGACGUGUCGAAGCAAAAGGAGCUGGACGACAAGAUGAUUGCCCUCGAUGGUACCCCGAACAAGAGCAAGCUGGGUGCCAACGCCAUCCUGGGUGUGUCCAUGGCGGCAGCAAAGGCAGCAGCGGCAGCCAAAGGCAUCCCCCUCUACCAGCAUUUUGCUGAGCUGGCCGGAAAUGGUUCCAAGCUGACUCUUCCUGUGCCGUGCUUCAACGUGAUCAACGGUGGCUCCCAUGCAGGAAACAAGCUGGCCUUCCAGGAGUACUUCAUCAUCCCGGUCGGUGCAUCUUCCUUCAAGGAUGCCAUGCGUAUCGGGUCCGAGUGCUACCACACCUUGAAGGGCAUCAUCAAGAAGAAGUUUGGUGGCGAUGCAACCCUUAUCGGAGAUGAGGGCGGCUUUGCACCCCCUUGCGACGCCAAGCAGGGUGUGGAGCUGAUCAUGGAAGCCAUUGAGAAGGCAGGCUACAAGGACAAGUGCAAGAUUGGUAUGGACGUGGCGGCAUCGGAGUUCAAGGUGGAAGGUGCCGACUGCUACGACCUCGGAACUUGGUAUGCCGAGGCGGAGAAGACCCCAGAGUUGAAGAUGACGGGAGCCCAGCUGGCAGACUUCUACGCCGACCUUUGCAAGAACUAUCCGCUGAUCACCAUCGAGGACCCGUUCGAUCAGGACGACUGGGCUGCAUGGACGGCCUUUACUGAAAAAGUGGGUGGACCAACCCAGGUUGUCGGAGAUGACUUGACCGUUACCAACGUCACACGAGUCAAGAAGGCAAUCGACGACAAGGCCUGCAAUGCUUUGCUGCUGAAGGUGAACCAGAUUGGAACUGUGUCCGAGUCCAUUGAUGCCGUGAAGCUUUGCAAGGUCAACGGGUGGGGCGUGAUGUGCUCGCAUCGCUCCGGUGAGACUGAGGACACCACGAUCGCUGACUUGGCAGUGGGUCUGUGCACUGGUCAGAUCAAGACUGGCGCACCUUGCCGUUCUGACCGCAAUGCCAAAUACAACCAGUUGAUGCGCAUCGAAGAGGAGCUGGGCGACAAGUGCGCCUAUGCUGGCGACAGCUGGCGCAAGCCCGUAUGGAUGGCUUGA